AUGAAAUUAUUUGUUAUUUUGUCAUUUGUGAUGUUGGGAUUUAUAUCUUCAACACUUGGCCUUAAAAAUGGUAUAUGCGGUUUACAAUUUGCCAAAGAUGGAGAUGAAGGAGGCAUAACCUGUGAUGCCUUGUUUCCUUCGUGGUCUUACAGAGCAGAUACUAACGAAUGUAUCAGUUUUAUAUAUGGUGGUUGUGGGGGCAAUACCAAUCGAUUCGAUACCAAAGAAAAUUGUGAAACAAUGUGUAAAGAAUAA